AUGCUUGAUUCCAGUAACUACCAUUUUUGGGCAAGUUCCAUGAAGAGGGCUCUGCGAAUCAAGAAUAAACUUGGCUUCAUUGAUGGCAGCAUUUGUGAGCCAACUGAUAUAGAUAGUUCAUUGAUAGAACACUGGCUUCGUUUAGACAUUAAGGCAAGCACUUCGUAUGCUGAAACAGCACACCAACUUUGGCUGGAAUUAGAACAACGGGCUCAACAAAAUGCUCCCAGGAUUUAUGAAGUCAAGCAAAGCAUCGCUGGACUGCUGCAGGGACCGGAUAAUACAGUUGUAAGUAACCAAGAAAUAGAUUGGAUAAUGAAAUUUCUCAUGGGACUCAAUGACUCCUACAAAUUGCUCAAAGCUCAAAUCCUGCUAAUCAAGCCAUUUCAAAUUGAAUGA